AAUCUCAUUUAAUGAGAAUCGCCAACUGCAAAGAGUUCAGUAACCACGAAUUCCGUCACGCGAAAUGAGGUCUUUUUCGGCUGGGAUCUUCAUUGUCGUUGCCCUGAUUCUGCAGGAGCAGGUGGUGGCCUACUACUUCCUGAAUCCGACCUGUGGGAUUUCCUAUGAGUCCAAUGUGUCGAUUAGAAUAGUGCGCGGAAAAGAGGCUAUAAUAAAAUCGGCCCCGUUUAUGGCAUACUUGUACUAUAACUCGGAACUGUAUUGUGGCGGAACAAUCAUUACCCAAAGAUACGUUUUAACGGCCGCUCAUUGCAUGAGAUCCUAUCUCAAAGUGCGUCUGGGAGAACACGAUAUUACAAGAGAUCCCGACUGUCAGGGGACUAAUUGCGCUCCCCCCGUCGAGGAGUUCGAUAUUUUGACGGCCACAAAGCACAGAUCUUUCAGUCGGACCCUAGCCAACGACAUUGCUCUCCUCAAACUGAGUAGAAAUAUUAUUUUCAAUGUCCACAUCCAGCCGAUCUGCCUGCUCCUUAAUCCGGCGGCUACGCCCAAUGUGAAUGAGUACCAGGCCUUCGGGUGGGGCGAAACCGCCAGCAAUCGUUCAUCCAAUGUGCUCCAGACUACCAAACUAUCCCGCUACGACAACAACUACUGCCGAAUGGUGCUCCCUAUGCCAAUCACCCAUAACCAGAUUUGUGUCGGCUUCCAGGGUUCGGACACCUGUUCCGGCGACUCCGGUGGACCUCUGGUGGUCAAGGUGAAUUACGAUGGUGUUAUCCGCAACCUGCAGCUGGGCAUCGUGAGCUUUGGCGAAGAUAAGUGUAGAAGUCCGGGUGUCUAUACAUUUGUGCCGAAUUACAUUGAAUGGAUCAGACAGGUUAUUCAGAGAUAUGGUUAUUAAUCAUUAAUUUUUAUUAUUGAUUAUGGUAAGGUCCUUUCAAAUCUUAAUUUAUUAUACUGCAUGCCAAUAAACCGAAGGCGAGAAAUA